AUGAGGAUAUCUUUGUCUGAAGAUAAGUACAGUGCGAUUAAGGCACCAAUGGGUGUUGGAGAUACCAAUUAUAUAGGAUUAUCGGAGAAAGGAGUAUACUUUGCGUCAUUUGUUAAGAAUCACAUUCGGGUUUGCAUCCUGAAUGAAUCAUCUAAUCAGUUAGAGUGGAUAUUAAAGCACGACUACGACCUUAAGCCCAUCCAAAUGUUUGAUGGCCAAGUUCAUGGACCCUGGAUCUUAGAAGACAUUAACUAUGGAAUCUUUCGUUCUCAUCUUCCAAAUAUCAACAAGGAAGAAGUAAUCCAGGAGAAAUUUGAAUGGAACUCCGACGAUGAUGAUUUCCCUGAGAAUGAAGACAAGGUUGAAGUGCACCGUCGCCGUCCAUAUUUUGAAAUCGAGAUACUUGGAUUUCACCCAUACAAAGAGAUUCUCUUUUUGAGUAGGUCAGAGACCUUCAAACUAAAAGCAAUGGCGUUCGCCUAUCAUUUGAAUAGCUUCAAGAUUGAAAGUUUAGGAAGCAUAUACCCAAGUUGUCACAAAUAUUUCGACUCUGGCCUUGCUAAUGAAGCUCGGGAGAUCGAAUCUUUUCCAUACACACCAUGUUGUUGGAUCCAAGAGAUCCCAGGAAGAGUAAAUUAA